CUGAGGACGGACGUUGGGUGGGGGGAGGGGCCGGCCCGGCCGGCGGUUGUUACUCGAGCGCCGCGGCUGCAGGCCCCCGCCGCAGGGAUGGACCGCCGACGCGGCGGUCGGGGCGGCGGAGGCGGAGGCGGAGGCGGCCGGCCCGGAUAAGAUGCUCCAAGUCACGUGCAGUUCUCUUCAAAAGAAAAGUCACUAGUGCUCUGCUCUUGCCAUAAUACCAAACCUUCUUGAUUUAUGCUUUGGUGCUGCCAAUGCUGGAAGUCUUGCACACAGUUUCCAGGAAUACCUUCCCCCCCACCCCCAUUUGGGUGAUUCUCUGUGGAUAGAAAAAGAUUUGAGUCUUAAAUAAUCAUCUUAUUUUAAAGCUAUUUUGCAAUAGUCUGAACUGCUUAAGAAAUUGGGCCACAUAACCAAUGAGCCACACAGCCAGUUCUUGUCAGGAGCUGGUUGAAAACUGUGCUGUGCAUGUAGCGGGGAUGGCACAAGAAGAUAGCCAUCGUGGUCAAGUGCCAUCUACCUUUUAUCAUGGUGCCAACCAGGAACUUGACCUGUCCACCAAAGUAUACAAACGAGAAUCAGGAAGUCCUUAUUCUGUGUUAGUGGACACCAAGAUGAGCAAACCACAUCUCCAUGAAACAGAAGAACAACCAUAUUUCAGGGAGACGAGAGCAGUGUCUGACGUGCACACUGUUAAGGAAGACCGGGAGAAUUCUGAUGACACAGAAGAGGAGGAGGAAGAGGAGGAAGUCUCUUACAAAAGGGAGCAGAUCAUAGUGGAGGUAAACCUUAAUAAUCAAACAUUAAAUGUCUCUAAAGGGGAAAAGGGUGUCUCUUCUCAGUCCAAAGAGACUCCUGUUUUAAAGACAAGCAGUGAGGAGGAAGAGGAAGAGAGUGAGGAAGAUACCACAGAUGACAGCAACGACUAUGGAGAGAAUGAAAGGCAGAAGAAAAAGGAGGAGGUAGUGGAGAAAGUCAGCGUCACACAAAGGAGAACCAGGAGAGCUGCCUCAGUUGCUGCAGCUGCCACUUCCCCCACUCCCAGGACGACCAGAGGCCGUAGGAAGAGUGUAGAGCCACCUAAACGUAAGAAGCGGCCCACAAAGGAGCCCAAAGCACCAGUCCAGAAAGCUAAGUGUGAAGAGAAAGAGACUCUGACCUGUGAGAAGUGCCCCAGGGUGUUUAAUACUCGCUGGUACCUAGAGAAGCACAUGAACGUUACUCAUAGGCGCAUGCAGAUUUGUGAUAAAUGUGGCAAGAAGUUUGUCCUGGAAAGUGAGCUAUCCCUUCACCAGCAAACAGACUGUGAAAAAAAUAUUCAGUGUGUUUCCUGUAACAAAUCAUUCAAGAAACUCUGGUCCCUUCAUGAACAUAUCAAGAUUGUUCAUGGAUAUGCAGAAAAGAAAUUUUCCUGUGAAAUUUGUGAAAAGAAGUUCUAUACCAUGGCUCAUGUACGGAAACACAUGGUUGCACACACAAAAGACAUGCCAUUUACAUGUGAAACCUGUGGAAAAUCAUUCAAACGCAGUAUGUCACUCAAGGUGCACUCCUUGCAGCAUUCUGGAGAAAAGCCCUUCAGAUGUGAGAACUGUGAUGAAAGGUUUCAGUACAAGUACCAGCUCCGCUCCCACAUGAGCAUCCACAUUGGGCAUAAGCAGUUCAUGUGCCAGUGGUGUGGCAAAGAUUUCAACAUGAAGCAGUACUUCGAUGAACACAUGAAAACACACACUGGAGAGAAACCCUUUAUCUGUGAAAUCUGUGGUAAAAGCUUCACCAGCCGCCCCAACAUGAAGAGGCAUCGCAGAACUCACACAGGCGAGAAGCCCUAUCCAUGUGAUGUGUGUGGCCAGCGGUUCCGUUUUUCCAACAUGCUUAAGGCCCACAAGGAGAAGUGCUUUCGGGUAACCAGUCCCGUGAAUGUGCCGCCUGCUGUCCAGAUCCCACUUACAACUUCCCCUGCCACCCCAGUUCCUUCUGUGGUGAACACACCCACAACCCCAACCCCUCCUAUCAACAUGAAUCCUGUAAACGCACUUCCCCCUCGGCAGAUCCCCCACCCCUUCUCACACCUUCACAUCCACCCACACCCUCACCACCCACACCACCUUCCUAUCCCUCCAGUCCCUCACCUGCCACCACCUCCAGCUCUCUUUAAGAGCGAGCCUUUAAAUCAUAGAGGCCAGGGUGAGGACAACUUUCUGCGGCACCUGGCAGAGAAGAACAGUUCAGCACAGCAUCAUUAACAUCCAUCUCCUUAAGUGUUCUCUGUGAGUUAUGUUCCCAUACAUGAGUUUGCAGAAAGAGAGUCGGUGAGCAUUUCUGUAGCUGUCAGCUGCCACCAAGAGCUUUGUCAUUGUUUUGGUGAAUCAACACAUCCAAGGGGAAAAAAAACAAGACUUAUCUUGAGCUCACAGAGGGAACUAUCAUCUGAACCAGGGGAACCACCAAACUCAAGCCCAGUUUGCUUGCAUUUUCUGGUGACUUUUAUAAAUUUCAAAUACUUGGACUGUGGAAUUUUAUAAUUUCAUAUCAGCUGAUGAGGUAUGCUUGCUUUUUAUAUCCUGGACUUCUCCUCAAAGAGGGGAUAGGCCAGGUUUUCUUUGUACUAAUCGGGAAGGCUGUGAGAUUAAUCCAGAGCAUUAAUUGUAUCACUGUGUAUCAUAUAAAUUCUUUUCAGCUUUUGGUGCUGGCUACAGAGUUCAGCUAGCCAUGUUUCACAGUAUAUCAAGCAUUAUAGAGAAAGAUGGAAAUUUUCUUCUUUGUGUAGCUCUCCUAACACACUCUUUAUUUUACUACAGAAAUUAUUUUAGAGUUUUUGUAUAGACUUCUUUAGUAGUCUGUUUCUAAGAUGAAAUGUAUUUCAAUAAGCGGUGUAAUUUUUUCAAUGUAGCUGAACCUAUGUUGUAAAAUAGAAAAAAAUUUAUAAUCAUCAAAAUGUGAUUCUUAAAGAUGCAUAUAA